AUGACCGAUUCACCAGGUGAUGAUGAAUGUAUUCGUGAAUAUCAAGCACAAUUAAAAUACGUGGAAGAUGCUAUUCUUCAACAAGAAGAAACAGAAGGUGUUGCAAGUUCAGAAUUAAGACAAUUACGUGCCGAUCUUCGUGAAGCUCUUUCUCUUUUUAAUCCAACAAAUAGUAAUAUUGAUGACUCCGAAUCUGCACCUUGUGUCACUCUUUCAUCCGAUUCUGAAAGUAGUGAUGAUGACGAAGAAGAAAAUUCUAUUGUAAAAGAAAUUGUUGGUACCAAUUGCAGUGUAAAAAUCAAGUGUCCCAUCAGUGGCCUACAACGACAUAAUGCCGUUGUACUUGGUAUCGAAUCUAUAGAAGAUAAUACAGUUCGAGUUUUGUUUUGUCAACCUACACGUAUUGAUUUUAAACCGUGUUCACAUUUUCUGAAUGAUACUUGUCGUUUUGAUGAUAAUUGCAAAUAUUCUCAUGGUUUUGUUGUUUCUGUUGAUGAUCUUCUUGAAUAUAUUGAAGCAAAUUAUGAUACUCUUGCCGUUGGCCAAAAUGUCAUAUGUAAACAAGGUACCGAUGGUUUAUGGAAACCAGGUGUUAUUGAAAGCGUUGAAAAUGAUACUCAUAUUUGUGUAAUACGCUUUACUCAUUUUAAUGCUUUGGAAGCUAUUCCAUUUGAAUCCUUAAUAACGACAAAUACUUCGAACACAAUUCAAACAAAUGAUGACAAUGAAAAUGUCGAAGAAGAUGAUGCUGUUAUCAACACAAUUGCAGAUAUGCCAAGCUCAUCUACAGAUGUACCAAGAUUAGGAAAUUUAGGAGUUUGGGAAAAACAUACUAAAGGCAUCGGUUCUAAAUUACUCGCAAAAAUGGGCUAUAAAUCCGGGCAAGGUCUAGGCCGCAAUAAUCAAGGUUUAGUCAAUCCUAUUGAAGCUAACGUUUUACCAAAAGGAAAAUCUUUGGACGCUGUACUUGAAUUAAAAAGGAAGAAAAAAUUACCAGAUGCAUUUAAAAUAAAAAAACAUCGACAUCAAUCAACAAUGGAAAAACAAAAAAAAUUACCUGAACAAACAGAUGUUUUUACAUUUCUCGAUAAAAUAUUUACAUCAGAAAUGAGAUCAACCACUCAAGAUUCAUCACCAUCACCAUUAGAUCGAUUUAAAGAUAAUAAAACAACUGUUGAUGAAACAGCAUUACUUUUACAUACAGAAAUUGGCCGACGUAAUGAUGAAAUUCGAGUUUUAGAACGUGAAAUUCGUCAUUUAGAAGAACGAUUAAAAUACAAUGAAGUUCGACGUGAUUCAACCGUUGCUGUCAGUAUCAAACAACGUUUAACAGCUAAAAAAAUUCAAUAUAAUAAAUUAAAACAAAUUGAAAAUGGUCUUCAAUCUAAACGCGAACAGAUUCGAACAAAAAAACUCGAUCUUUUUUAA